AUGGGGGACGAGUUGGACGCGUUGACAAGCCAAUUGAGCAGUGGAUUUCAAGUCGACCCGGCUGCACUCGGCGAACAUCCUCGAUACUCUCAAUUCAAAAAUUUAUCAAAAGCGGCGGAGCAACAAGCGAAACGACGUGAAGAGACAUUGGAACGACAAAAGAAUGGACGAUUCGAUAAAAUGAUGAAAUUGAGGAAUCUGGCGUUCGACGACACGACUUCAGAUGAGGAAGACGCCGACGGAUUUGUGGAAGUCAAGUCGAAGGCGGCUUGCAAGAAGAAUAAGUUUGGAAGAUACGCCGACAAAUUGAUGUUAAGUGAGUGGUUGGUCGACAUUCCAGACUCACUUUCAACUGAAUGGACAAUGGUGAUGGCACCGACUGGAAAGAGGUGUUUGGUCGUUGCUUCGAGGGGAUACACGACAUCUUACAAUAAAGCGGGUCGCCAACUCGGACAAUUUCAAUCUCGACUCCCUGGUGGUAAUAGUCGAUCGAAGAACCAAUCAUGGACAAUUCUCGACUGUAUCUACGCGAAUCAAGUGUAUCACGUGUUGGACGUCUUGACAUGGAAUGCACACGAAUUCGCCGAGAAUCCGUACGAUUUUCGUCAAUUUAUGCUCAAAUCGAAGCUCGACGAGCAGCCCGAGUUGGCCACGCCCACCGCCGGAUUCAGGGCGGUUUUUGUGGCGGCGCCAAGUGCUCCGUGCUCAAAAGAGCAAAUGGAAGAGUUGAUGAAGGCGGAGAUUGAUUUCCGCCUCGACGGUCUCCUCUUCUAUCACAAAUCUGUGAUCUACGAGCCGGGACAGUCGCCACUCGUCGGAUGGCUGAAACCAUGGAUGUUGCCAGAGAUUCUCAGUGUGACUAUACCAGAAAAAUAUGAAAAAGAGUCGAAUGGACAAUCGUCUGCUGAAUACAUCGAAUCGUACAAUCAGAAACACAAACAUCAAUCGAAAAUCGAUCGAACUAUGGAACAGGAUUAG